UAAUGGUAACUAGUAUAAAGAAAUAGUGUUUUGUGAUUGUGUAAAAUGGUUUUAAAUUAUUUUCUGCCUUUCUGGAAAAGAGUGGACAACAAAACUAUGCAAAUCAUUAAUUAUAAGACUGAAAAGUAUUCCAAAGUGACAAGUAAAGCUUCUAAAGGAUCCUUGAUUAAUAUACAAAUAGAAUAUGUUAUAUUUGAUAAAAUGUGCUACAUGAAAUCAACAAUAAAAGAGAUUCAAACACAAAGCAAGCUGGUUGCAUAAUAAAUUUUAGCUGUCACAAUGCUUUCGGUGACAAAAUCGGAUCGGUCAUCGGUCACAUUGAUCGGAUAUUCCAGUUAUGUCAAUUACCCCGAUCGGGGCUUUCGGCAAACGUUUGCUGAAGUCUCGGUACCAUCAUGACAAACACACGGCGGCCGUUCCACCAAACACCGAUCUGCUCAAGAUUGCAGUUAAUACCGUAGACAGGCAACGACUGCGAAGAUAUGGCCCUGAAAGAGUAUGCGCAGAAUGGAUAUUACGUAAUGGAGGUUCGGUACGUUGGCACGGCAACAAUAAGGAAACAAUAUCGAGUUAUGCAAAACUUCAAAGAAUGGGCACAGCAGGAAAAUAUCUCGAUGUAAUUGACGCCAGUGGAACUACUAUCAUGCAAUAUGGAUUUCUUCAUCUGCGAGGAGUUACCAGACUAAGAACCAUGAUCAUGCGAAGAGGAACAUCAGAUAAACGAAAAUUGCAUGUGAAAAGACCAAUGAACGCCUUCAUGGUUUGGGCGCAAGCAGCCAGGCGACGACUGGCUGAUCAGUAUCCGCAGCUACACAAUGCAGAACUUAGCAAAACAUUAGGAAAACUUUGGAGCAAUAAUCAUCUUUGUGAAGUGUUUCACUUUGAUCGUGGAAAAUAA